GUGACCUUCAGAAGCCCUAGUCAGCGCCAAGCAUUCCAUCUUAUGAUGAAACAGGUGCCCUAUCUCUUCUUAGUGCUUCCUACUGCAGCUGGCAAAACCACACUAUUCCUUUUAGGGGCUAGUCUAGCUACUAGUCAGGUGACUAUGGUAAUAGUGCCAUUGAUUUCCCUGAAGCUAGACCUAUCUAGGAAGGCUGCUGCCUUAGGCCUCCAGCCUACUAUCUGGGAACCUGGCCAGGUCAUGCCACCAGCUAGUUCUAGGCUUAUCCUAGUGCAGAUUGAACAUCUAGAACAUUCUAG